AUGACUGCAAUCGCGAACCCCGUGAAUCACGAAAUCAUCUGCCAGAGAUACGUGCUCGAUGACCUUCGUAAGUCUGAUUCCGUCUUUGCCAUAAAUCUAAAGUUUUGCCAUUUUCCUGAAUACCUCUGUUACCAUCACUAAUCUAAAAAUAGUCGAGUCCAAGAAUCAAAUGCUUCCCUUCGCUCUUUUAGUAUAUAUUUUUUGUAUAGUGCUCUAUCGUAGUGCUAGACGAACAUCUAAAAUAAACAAAAUUUGCUGAUCCCCGGGCACAUGUGCUUUUAAUAACGUGACGAGUCCCGAGGAACAUGAGGAAGUCAUAAAUCGGUCACAGUGUCAAGUUUCACUCGAAACUUUUUUUUCGCGGUUUCUUUGACCCGUUUCGCUUUAUCUUUCUUCAGCAAAAAGAAGGGUGCAAAUGCGUUGCCAAUCAUCGCAUUCUCGGCGUCAGACUUGGCACUUCUAAAUUGGGAAACUCUGCGGCUGUUGUGCUGUGAAUGGGUGUGCAACACACAAAAUUGCAGUAAUUUGUCCUUGUGAGUAGCCGAAAAGAGUGCAUACUUUGCGGGGGCGAAGUAAUGCCAUAAAUCAGAGAGUGGGCGAUCAGGAUUCAUGAACUCCAUUCACGGCGUUCUGUGAUGUGACGUGAAGUGAUUUCCUUCCGGAAAACCGAGGACUAAAACACGCGUUUGAUCUCUUCGGAGCAACUUGGCACUUGACAAAGUUAAUCGAAUUCUUCUCGAGAAGCGACGACCAAUCUCCUUUGCGGAAAGUACCUCUUUCGGACUUUGGUCGCUUGUUUAAUUACGCCCUACUGUUUCUGUUUCAAGCAAAAUGGGAAAAGGAGGCGUAGUGCAGCCAAUUCCACUGGGGCACAUUCUUCAGAGCGCCAGUGCUGUGCCAUACAAUAGGUGAAACGGAGGGAGAAACACAGAGGUUCUCUGGUGAGACCGAAAGGCCAUCCUUUUGUUUUAUGGGAGCCCUGCAAAAAAGAAUAGGAGGAAUAGGGUCCGGAAAUGAAAAUCUGGUGCAAGAUUUGCCCGUAUCCUAUUUUUCAUUUCUCGUUUAAUCGUUGAUGCUGUCAAACAGACCGGCCAUAUAUUCUUCGCGUGCUUCCCUUAAAGCGUUUAAUUGGAUUGGCUUCCGUGUCCCCGGAAAGGUCUCGAAUCGACCUCUUUAAUCGAAUUCUGUGCCCGAGUGACGCAUCAGUCGGCUUGCAAAAGGCGGAAUAAUGUUGUCCGUGUCCCUUCCACCAGAUGAUAUGAUUCCACAUCUCUUCCCGGAAGAUGAACGGACAACGCUUGUCUUCUUUUUUUAGCAGAAAAGCAAAAAGAGAUGAAUUUAUUCAUGCAUGUAUGUCCGCGCUCUGCUCUUAGGGCAAAGAAUAACUGAGGGGACCAACUGAGGAUAAUGGAAAACAAAACAGAUGGAAAACAUUGUGCAUGUUGAAUGCUUUUGUUUCAGAACUCUCCGAGACAUUCGACCUUCUCGACGUGGACAAAGAUGGCCGUCUCUCACGCAACGAGAUCGCUGCUCUUCUCAGAACAAUCAACGUUGAGCCGACUCGUGUCGAAUUGGACUUCAUCUUCGGAGAAAUGGACACUGACAGUGAGUUCCCCAACACAACACACGUGCAACCCGCGAAGGUCGCCCUCCUCUCCCUCUUUCCCUUUCCCCCUGUCGACAGCGGGAGGGUGUACACAAACCGACAUUGGAUGCGUAUGGGCCUCCUUAGCUCAGUUGGUAGAGCGUGAGACUUUUAAUCUUAAGGUCAGGGGUUCGAGUCCCCUAGGUGGCUUGACUUUUUUGCGUUUUUUUCUUGUUGAGUCACUUCAUCAUUGGUCCUUCAGCUGUGAACCGCGAGUAAAUGGGGCGUACGUAUGGGACCAAACACUCAUUUUCCUUUGAUUUUUGUCGUCAUAGGUCAUAAGAUGAAAAAUCAUAAACGGGUGCACCGAUUGAAUUUCCAUCGGAAAUGUGUGGGAUGAACAAAGAACGCAAGUGUAUCGUUUUUCGUUUUUCAGAGACCGGAAAAAUAAGCAAGGAGGAGUUUGUGAACUACAUGAAGUCGCCACCGAUUCAUAGAACCACUCUUCGCGAGCUCGAGGUCCAGUUCCGCAAGUUCGAUUCGGACGGCGACGGAGCUAUCACUGAAGGUUUGUUAGCGGGGGCAGCUAGUUGGUCUCCCCCGAGAGGACGCGCGCAAUCAUUUCUCGAAACUUUUUUGACGACUCGCCAAGCCAUUUCGCAAAGUUUGUGGUCCGUCCGUCUCCCAAAGUUCAUCUCAUUUGAGAGGCUGAGAAAUGGAGGGGACCACAAUCUAUUUUGUUCCACCUAUAAAAAACAGAAUUCCACCUUCCUGAAAAUCAUUUUUUGCAGAAGAGAUGGCGGAAAUCUUGAGACAAACUGCCGACUUGGAAGAUCGUGCCGCGAUCAGCGACAUGUUCAAGGCGACCGAUCUGAACGGCGACGGAAAGAUCACGUUCUUCGAGUUUGUCAAGAUGAUGCAAGAGUAAACUGGCCAGAGAUCAUGGAAACUUCUGGAGUUAAAUUUUUAAGAACUAUUUUCAAUAUUCGCCACUUCUAAUGCUAACUGUCUGUUUCUGUCGUGUUUAGCUCAUUUUUCCGUGUUGUUUCUUCAUUCCUGUCUUUACUCUUUUUUGUUUCCUCUCCGCUGAAUAAAGUAGUAGUAGUACUUUCAAAGUUGCGCAACAAAAUAUCCAAAGCACCAGCUGGCGAGCACGUUUUCACUCAAAACACUCUAUUUUGUGCGAAUCUCCCAAAACGAAAGGCAAAAUAGCUCGGAAAGUUUCAAACACCAUCUAGAUAUUAUUCAUGAAGUUCUUGGCGGCAGAUACGGUGCCAUGGCGUGGCUCUUGCUGCAAAGAGUACAAUUCCCCAGAGUCUAGUUGGUCAAAAUCUGAGAGGUGAUAUUCAGAAAAAAGAAGAAUGAUCUUUUGGGAAUAUGCAUACAUUUCAAGGUGUGCUCAUGUGUCAUACUACUGUUGCAGCAAUCAAACUUUCGAAAAAAGCGAUCCUUUGGGAUUUGAACACGUUCUGGUUGGAUUUAGGCUUCCAUGUGGUGGCAAGUACAAGACGGAAGUACGACGACGGAAGACUGAAAUGCAUGUUUGUGGAUGUAAACAGAAUCAGCAGUUAGCCGAAAAAAAACAUGUGUAUCAAAGGGGUUUUCUUUUGUGGUAAAAUGCACUUUCGGGAAUCAAACUUCUCACAUAUUUACUUUUGACUUAUCAUUUAUAGUUUUCCGAUUAGUGGCUUUGGAGUCUGUAUUCGCAAAAUGAGGCGUGUUCUCGCGGGGAGUUUCGUUGAAAACCGUCUCGAAAGAGCACGCUCAGCACUAUUUAGCGAGGGUGCAAAAUAUAAAAAGCUACUGAUAACGCAUCGGUCAGAUAGUUAUUUCGAGUUCUCGUACGAAGGACGAACUUUCACUACUCCGAAUUUCGACGCCAAUCUGCCUAUCGGUGAGUUUCCAGAAGUUAAUGGAUUACGUCAACUGAUUCCGAAACGCGCUGUGAUCGGCAACAAACAGUUUUUUGUCACGGGGCGGUGGGAAAGUGCAUGACCGGAGUGUUUCGUGAUAUCGCCAGUGCCAACUCUUCUCAUUCCAGACAAACAAUGUCCAUCCAUGAAAUGCCAUCUGAGAUGCUCCGCUCCGUGUUUCAAAGUGUGGACUCCCAAGACAUUCCCAAACUGAGAACUGUGUGUAGUACGGUAGGCCUUACAGCAAAUGUGACUGUCCAAAACGUUCCGUUUCCAGUUCAACACGGUCAUAAAGCGAAAUUAUUGUUUUCUUCCACGAGUUGCAUACCUUGUUAAAGUUUACGUUGCAAAUGGAGAAAUUAUGAUCGCCAACAUGAAAUCCGGCGAUGUCAACGAAUGCACACAGGUGCGCACUUUCAAGCAAGCCUAUGUCAGUUCCCACAUCAUUCGAAACUCUCACAUCCAGUACUGUUUUUGCAAAAAUUGCGUAAAAUUCGAAUGUUAUCAGCGAAUCAGCGUCUUAUCGUUUCUCCCACUCAAUUCGCUUUCAUCCGAGGGAAAGCGCUUCGAAGUUUUUGGUCGACAACAAAAUGUUAUCUUGCAAGAAAUUAAUCAGAGAGUUGCCCCGAUUAUCACUCUCACUUUUUGUCAACGAAACAUGCAAACUGACCAUUCUCUGUCGCCAACUCUCUCAUUUUUGUGCGCUCUGUGGGGGAAAUGAGCUCGCACGUGCCUUUCACAUAGUAGCACGAAGCCAUUUGGCGGCAGGCUGAAAGUGAAAGUACAAGUGUGAACCUGAUUAGACAAUCGAAAGUUUUCUUCCGAAACGAAGGGGAAACGUGUGUGACGAUUUUUAUGAAGACAGGCGGGGGAUCAUUGUUGAAAGCAAAAAUGCUGAGAGCAGCACAACGUGCGACACGCGUGGAAAACCAAAUUUUACGCUGCGACACCGAACACGAUAACAGAAUUCAACGAUUUCAGAAUGUGUUUGAGUUUGAUUUUGAGCACUGGAGGGAGAUCGGCAUCGUCGAGAUGGAAUUCGCAAACUUUCGAGAUUGCGACUCUGGAAAAGUGGUCAACGCACUCAAUAUGCUUUUGAAACAGUUCAUCACGACCAGACAGUCUCAACUUAGGUACCAUAGCAAUAUAGAGAUAGUUCGAAAACCAUUCUUCAGAAAAAUAGUGUUCAACAAUGUGAAACUUGAUAACAAUUGCGCAGAUCCACUGGAUACACUUUUCGAAAUUGCAAUGAAGCAUUGCGAGGUACUGAAUGCUCCCGCUCGAAUUCAAUCAAAGAUAGUUUUCAGAAUAUCACCGUGGAAAACUGUGUACUCCCAAUCUCACUGAACCUCGGACAACUGGAUUCCUCUAGCUUCGACCAUUUCCGUUGGAUCUCAUCCUCUGGGACCUCAUCCAUCCCAACUGAUUUCAUUCUCCGUAAAUUCCAAAACGACAUGAAGACUGCCGUAAACAAACGAACGUUCCUGGCUGAAAUGGAUUCCGUCGGAGUCGAAUCUGCGUGCGAUUUCAUUGAGGUAAGUGGCCUUGUCACUUGACGUGUCUCUCAUUUCUGAUGCCUUCUUCACAUUUUGGCAACUUUCACUUACAAGGCAACAUGUUAUUUAUUUGCUGAUAGGUGAUUAAGGACGAAAGCGAAAGUGGGCAGUUUUUCGCCGAUAAGAAGCGAUCAAACAGGCAAACUUUCAGGAAUGGCUCCGAUUGCCGAUCGCAUCAUUUUUCAAUCUCUCGUUCCACAACUGCGAUGAUACGUGGAAAACGCGCUUUCUGGCCGAGUGCACACGUCGUCAUCUGACACAUAAUUACAUGGAGUUUCAGUCGAGAACACACGCGAACGCGCACGUCAAAGUCAGCUUUUCACAGGUUCACAAAUUGGACUCGAAUGAAUGUCAACUAUGUUCUAAGUUUUCAGGAUGCUCGCACUUGCUGCAUCUGGCCAGUACUCGAUGUUCCAGCGCGCACCACCGGACAGUCUGUUUGUUACGCUCGUUACUUCCGCGACUUCUAG